GGAGCGCGCACGUCGGCGCGCGCAGGCCGGCGCGGUGGGAAGGGGAGGGUCAGUUUGUUGCACCCUGGCCCGGCCUCUUUUCCACCCUGCGGAGCAUCCGCUUCCGGUUCCCAGACUGAAUUGGCGGUGAGCGGAGUUUGAGGUCGCUGUGGACUGCCCACUGGGCCUUGCCCGAGAUGGACAGCCGGAUUCCUUAUGAUGACUACCCGGUGGUUUUCUUGCCUGCCUAUGAGAAUCCUCCAGCAUGGAUUCCUCCUCAUGAGAGGGUGCACCACCCAGACUACAACAAUGAGUUGACUCAGUUUCUGCCCCGAACCAUCACACUGAAGAAGCCUCCUGGAGCUCAGUUGGGAUUUAACAUCCGAGGAGGAAAGGCCUCCCAGCUAGGCAUCUUCAUCUCCAAGGUAAUUCCUGACUCUGAUGCACAUAGAGCAGGACUUCAGGAAGGGGAUCAAGUUCUAGCUGUGAAUGAUGUGGAUUUCCAAGAUAUUGAGCACAGCAAGGCUGUUGAGAUCCUGAAGACAGCUCGUGAAAUCAGCAUGCGUGUCCGCUUCUUUCCCUAUAAUUACCAUCGCCAAAAAGAGAGGACUGUGCACUAGAAAGUUGCAGCCCACAGCCCUUCAUGUGGACUCUGCCAUGACAUGCUAACUAGACUUCAGGAGAGCCACUUCUAUUUUCAGCCCCUCCCUGGAAUAGUGAGUUGGGAGGAUGGGGAGACAGCUAACCAACUGAAUUACCCAAACUGUAUUGCACUUUUAGUUCCCUAGUUUUCUAGGUGAGCUUCAUUCCCUGAAAGGAGGAUGAUAUCUAGGCAUAACCUAGCCUGUGAGGAACCUAGUUAGGAAAGACAGCUGACAUUUAUUGAAUACCAUGUACUAGUCCCUUACAUAUGUCAUAUUUUAAUUACAGAAAUCAGUAGCAAAAAGAAUCUUGGGGAUUUUCCAUCUGACUUCCCUGACCAUCUUAUCCCAUCCUUGUACUACCAGAGGAUUCAUACACUUUUGAGACUCCAAAGAGACCCUGUUUUCACCCCUUCCUCCUCCUAGCCUCUCCCCCAAAAAGUAAAACACAAUGCUGAAGAAA